GGAGCCGCUAGAGGGGGGGCGGGUCCGGAGGGGCGGGACCUCGGGUGGCCCGAGGUGGCCCGGUUGCUGGGUGAGAAGCAGCGCAGUCCGAUUCAUCCCAGCCCGGGGAUGGCGUCCCCACGGGAACUGACCCAGAAUCCCCUGAAGAAGAUCUGGAUGCCGUAUAGCAAUGGGAGGCCCGCUCUGCAUGCCAGCCAGCGUGGUGUCUGCAUGACUAACUGCCCGACACUCAUCAUCAUGGUGGGCCUGCCAGCCAGGGGCAAGACCUACAUUUCUAAGAAGCUGACCCGGUACCUCAACUGGAUUGGCGUCCCUACUCGGGAAUUCAACGUUGGUCAGUAUCGCCGGGACAUGGUCAAGACAUACAAAUCUUUUGAGUUUUUCCUCCCAAACAAUGAAGAGGGCCUGAAAAUCAGGAAGCAGUGUGCCUUGGCAGCCCUCAGUGAUGUCCGGAAGUUCCUCAGUGAGGAGGGGGGACAUGUGGCGGUUUUUGAUGCAACCAAUACCACCCGAGAACGGAGAGUGAUGAUCCUUAACUUUGGAGAACAGAACGGCUACAAGACCUUCUUUGUGGAGUCUAUCUGUGUGGAUCCUGAGGUCAUUGCUGCUAACAUUGUGCAAGUGAAGCUGGGCAGCCCUGACUACGUCAACCGGGACAGCGACGAGGCCACUGAAGACUUCAUGAGGCGCAUUGAGUGCUAUGAAAACUCCUAUGAGUCGCUGGAUGAAGACCUGGACAGGGAUCUGUCCUACAUCAAGAUCAUGGACGUGGGGCAGAGCUAUGUGGUGAACCGUGUCGCUGACCACAUCCAGAGCCGGAUUGUUUAUUACCUCAUGAACAUCCAUGUGACACCCCGCUCCAUCUACCUCUGCCGGCAUGGGGAGAGUGAGCUCAACCUCAAGGGCCGGAUUGGUGGGGAUCCUGGACUGUCUCCCCGGGGCCGGGAGUUUUCCAAGCAUCUGGCUCAGUUCAUCAGUGACCAGAACAUCAAGGAUCUGAAGGUCUGGACGAGCCAGAUGAAGAGGACAAUCCAGACAGCCGAGGCACUGAGUGUCCCUUAUGAGCAGUGGAAGGUCCUCAAUGAGAUCGACGCGGGUGUCUGUGAGGAGAUGACUUACGAAGAAAUCCAGGAUCACUAUCCGCUGGAGUUUGCCCUGAGGGAUCAGGACAAGUACCGGUACCGGUACCCGAAGGGUGAGUCCUAUGAAGACCUGGUGCAGCGACUGGAGCCCGUGAUCAUGGAACUGGAGAGACAGGAGAAUGUGCUGGUCAUUUGCCACCAGGCUGUGAUGCGUUGCCUCCUGGCCUACUUUCUUGACAAAGCAGCUGAAGAGCUGCCCUACCUCAAAUGCCCCUUGCACACAGUCCUGAAGCUCACGCCUGUGGCUUAUGGUUGUAAAAUGGAGUCCAUAUUCCUGAACGUGGCAGCUGUGAACACGCACCGAGAAAGACCUCAGAAUGUAGACAUAUCCAGGCCUUCAGAAGAAGCCCUUGUCACAGUCCCUGCUCACCAAUGAUCCAUGGCAGGCCCUGACCUCUGUGGAGGGGUCACUCCAGGCCACCUCGUGUUUACUGUACUGAUGGUACACUCCUGAAGCCAUGGGUGGCUAGCAACACUCAGAACCCUCAGCCUGGCCCACUCACCUCCCUGUUGACAACCAGUGACAGGUUGGGUAUGGCUGCUGACCUGCUGCUGAGAAUCCCGGGGCUAUGUGCUCUGCUGCUUGCCCCUCUGCUACAGCUCUCAAGCAGUUCACUCACCAGGCUGGCUGCUUCAUGACGUUUGCAACCUUAAAUAAGACACUGAGACAACAAGUGUCACUAGGACAUCCCUACUGUGGCCCAGCUGCCUGAAGUGGGCCAGGCAGCCUUGGAAGAGCCCUACUGCCCUCUCCGUAGCUGCUCUUGGAGCCAGAGGUUAGAUCUUCAUGGGGCCUUAAGUGGACGCUGCCCCAGGCAAAGUGGAAAGCCUUUUUCUUCCUCACCUGGAGCAGAAGAUGGAGCAGGGGAGCUUCUGCCCACAUCUGUCUGCAUCUGUGGGUGCUCACAAGAGUGAGUGAAGAGAGCAUCAUUUGUGGCGCUGGUUCCUAAUGUCUACCAAGUUUUCCACUGGAACAUGGAAGAGCUGCGGCCAGGUGCCUUGUCCUAAAUUCUCUCACAGGGGAUCCUCUGAAGGCAGGGCAGCUUUAUGAAGUACCUUCUUGGUGCACACACCAAAGUGCUUAUGGAAACUGGUCUCCCCUACCUGGCUGUCGCUGUCACUGUCCACACAGAACUGUACACUGGAAACAGGGACAUGCCUUUGUCAUAAAUGGCUCAGAACUGGUGGUCCUGCCAAACUGUCCUUCUGUUCGUUGACCUCCACCUGUAGGUCUGAGGAAGGAGACAACAAAGCACAGAGGCAGCCCUGGCCAUGGGAGGAGUCCCUGACCCCACCCUAGUUUUGAUUCAAAUACAAAUUAAACCCUAGUGCAAACAGCCUUAUGAAGCCUGGUGCCUCUCCUGCCCUGAGUCCUGGUGGGUCCACGGAGCAGAUUCAGGCUCCAUGUGUCAGCUGACCAACAGGGCGACAGGCAGGCUGUGGAACAGGGUAAGAUACUUUCUAUAUCAGUAACUGGUUGCUCUAGUAUCCACAGAGCAGCCAUGGGGAAGCCAGGCCCUGCACCCAAGAACCUUUCCAAGCCCAAAUCUGGCAGAAUAGUCCACCUUUCUCAGCCCUGCCAGCCCUGCCAGCCCUGCCAGCCCUGGGCUGUGUAACUUGCAGAUGCCAUCCAUCUGCCCCUGAGAAGUCAGUGCCAUUAUUCCAAACUGUUGUCUGUGUGGGCUUGGGGAGGGACUCCUGGGCUCAUUUCAUCAGACCUACAAGCCCUAGCUUGGAGCUGGAGGACCACACCACUGCCUUCGGGACACAGGCCCUGCAGCUUCUGCUCCCUUGUCUCUCAGAGUCUGAGUGAUGUUUGUCAUAUUAUCUGGACAGGUGUUAGCCAUAGCAGAUCCCUGCGGUUGGCAGCUGUGAAUAAUGCCUGGAUGCAGCUUGAGGCAAAGACCACCAAAGCCUUUUUUCUCUGUGCCCCGGGAAGGCCAGAAUUGCUGGACCCAGAGGUGUUAAGAGUCUAGGGUUGAGGGCGGAGGGAUAUCAGUGGAGGAGGCGUUGUGCCUGAACAGCCCCUCCCUCUAGCACCUGAAGUGGCUUCUGCAAGCCAGGCUGGCCACCAGGUUUUAGCUGAGAUGGUUCAUGGGAAGAACUGCCGACAUUUCCUGCUUUCCCUAGAAUGUAUGAUACUGGUUUUCAGUUGUGCAUCGCACUGUGUCCAGCAUUCUUUGCAAUAAAUACUUU